AUGAGCACACCAACACGGCCGUAUGCAUUGCUACGCAACAUUGCCGCCUCAGCGAGAUCGAGCUCCGUCAUAAUUCGCCCAAUCGCACCGCUUUGUCGACUCUCUUCUACGAGACCAUACUCUCGGUCCAAACCUCAAUGGACCGGCGACAGGAAAUGGAGCUCUUCGGCCUGGAGAGCUGCCUCUACACCAGGUCGCAAUGAUCCCCAAGCCAAGGACGACAAGACGAAAGCUGCCGAGCCUCAAAGGACGGAUGAGAGGUUCUACAUGCCACCGCCGCCUGAACAUCUACAGCAAAGAAUCGAUGCAGCUAUUCUCGAUGCCGCANGAGCUUCCCGGCCCGUGCCUCCACGCGAAACAGCGCCGGAGCCGGAGCCGAAGCCUGUACCUGCCGUAGAAGAACAGCUUGCUGAACCAGCUUCUGCAACCUCCACGCCAGAAACAUUGGAAGAUACUUCAAAGGAGACUUUUGUGGAAGAAGAACCUCCAAAGACAGAAGCGGAAGUAGUAGCUGAGAAGGUCGCAAAAGAGGAGGCAGUCACUGAAGAGGCAUUGCCCUCUAAACACCAAGAGCAGAGAUGGCAGCUAUCGAAACGGGUACAAGAACGCAUGGAUGAGCUGCUAGCAAAGGCUGCAGUCGUCAGUCACAAAGUCAACAACUACACCGGCACCGAUUACUCUGGCAUUGAACGCCUACGUCGCGACAUCAUCGACCAAGUCAAGGACGCCCAUGCCGAAGUCAAUGCCGCAAAGGUGGCCUACACGACAUCCUACAGUCAACAAGCCGCCUCGCAANAAGAAGUUGUCGGCCUUCUCGAACGCAAACACUCAUGGUCAGCCGCUGAUCUCGAACGCUACAUGUCCCUCAUCCGCUCCGAACACUUGAAUGAACAGGCUGUGCAGGCCGCCAAAGAGCACCUUGCAAACGCCGAACGCGAUCUCGAGGACGCUAGAGGAAAGCUGGAGAAAAAGGAACGCAAGCAAUACCACGAAGAGCAGAUCUGGAGUGAUACGAUCCGUCGCAACAGCACCUGGGUAACAUUCGGUCUUAUGGGUCUGAAUAUCUUCUUGUUAUUGGCCAAUCUGAUCAUCUUCGAACCCUGGAGAAGGCGAAGAAUCGUGAGAGAGAUCAAGACUGCUCUGGACGAGAAGACGACGAUCGCGCCAUCCUUGGCUCCUGCUGUCGAGGCUGAAUUCGACAAGGUUGUCGAGCCCAUCGCCCAGCCUCUUGAGAAGCUCGAGAAGCAAGUUGUUGAUACGGUCGAGGCAGUUGCUGCAGAAGUCAUGCCGGAGACGGUGACUGAAGUAGCGCCUGAUGUGCAACCCGAAGCCAUGGCCGACAGCGAAGUAGCAACUGGGGAGAUACCGCUAGCAGCUGGAGAGUUGUUGCCCGAAGAAGCUGUUGAAGUUGGUGAUCCGAUUGCAGAGAUCAACAAAACUGCAGAGACAGCAGUCGAAGAGCCGAUAGAACGACCAGAACCCGAGAACUGGGAAGAGAGAUUCGCUCUCUGGAAGCAAGUUCUAGCUGCCAAGCUAGCACUCUAUAGAGCCAGACUGCAAGACCUCUUCUCCGACCGUCAAGUCACAGUCAAGAGAAUUGACGUGACGACGAUAGCCCUCGAGNGUGCUGCAGCCGGUGUAAUAGUAGUCGGACUCCUGUGGGCGCUGCUCAACGCCCGAUCAUGA